GCGAGGUUAUGCAAAGAGGUUUACAGUUGGAGUCCGGUAAAUAAGCUAAUCUUUGAAAGAAAUGCAGUCCAUCGUAAGCUCCAUGAGGGCUCUGGCACUGCGCCAAACCUCGGUGGAGCCACUCCGCUUGCUGCAUCUAUCCGCCGUUAGCGAGGCGGCCCGAAAGGGAACCCGAGAGAAGGCCCGCAAGAAAAAAGUCAAGGUGGAAGUAAAGAAGGUGGGAUUCAUCCCACACAACCAGCGCAAUAAGAAAAUCAAUGUGAAACGGGCGGACAAACAUGUGGACGACUCCUGGAAGCAGGUGCCCAAAGACGAUUGCUAUGUUGGUCGCUACUAUCGCUGGCCAGUGUACUCCGUCCAGGAGGCCAUCCAGUGUCACCGCGAAACACACCAUCCCAGCAUGUACAAUGUGCCCAAUGCUCCCCUGAAUGUAAACAUCGAACUGAACAUGCAGGCAGAGAAGAUCACCCGCUUUGUAGACAAUUUCCAGCGCAUGGCCAUGAUUCCGCAUAAGUUUGAGCACGGCGAGGAGCGCAAGAUCAUAGUGUUUACUAAGGGAAAUAUCGAAGUUCUCGAGGCUAGGGAAGCUGGCGCCUCGCUUGUCGGCGGCGUGGAGCUCAUCAAGGACAUAACUAACGGGGAGCUGCUGCUCUCCGACUACCAGUACAUAAUCGCCCAUCCGAACAUCCUGGCCGAACUGGUGGCUCUGCGUGGCCUGAUGAAGCGCAAGUUUCCCAACCCCAAGAGUGAGACGCUGGGCACAAACCUUGCAGAGAUGAUUGUCAAGUUCUCCAGCGGCAUCAGCUACAGUGCUGCCAAGGAUGAAAACCAGCAGAACUUUGGACUGAUCACCGCCAGUGUGGGAACCCUGGACAUGGAUGCGCAGAAGCUGGAGGAUAACCUAAAGUUUCUGCUGCAGGAUGUCAACUCUAUGAGACCGAAGCGCGAGGGUCGAUUUAUCACCCGUGUUCUGCUGAAGAGCCCGCCCAGCAGUGAGCAGCUUAAAAUCGAUCCCUUUGUCUACGUUCCCGAAAUGUGGGAAAAGAGUACAGCGAAGGUAAAGAGGGAGGAAACCAAGAAGCAAGAGGAACCGGAGGAAAGUCAGGAAGCCGUGGCCUCCAAUUAGUUAAUACAAAUGCCUAUGUAUUUUUGUUGAUGGAUCGUUUGUGCAUACUUUAAACUUACAUCUCCUAGA